AUAUAUUAUAUACAGAUGGCUACACCAUUCAUCAUUGGUCUAGCUGUUGCUGGAGCUGCUUACGCUACACGUGGUGCUAUUAGAAUAGCAUCAAAGAUCAAAGCUGAUCCUCGUUCAAUAUUCAAUGCUGGUGGAUCUAGCGCUACAGCAAUGGGUAGUUUCACCGAAGGCUUUGCAACAAAGAUGAACAAGAAGGAAGCUGCUGCUGUACUUGGUAUUGAGGAGUCUGCUGAUGAGAAGACUAUAAAGGAGAAGCAUAAGAAGCUGAUGAUUAGGAAUCAUCCAGAUAAGGGUGGAUCAUCAUACCUGGCGACCAAGGUUAAUGAAGCUAAGAACGUCAUGCUUGGAAGACAAUCAUCA